AUGACGAUGAGAUCGCUGAAGUACAGUGAGAGGGAGGAGAUGAUGGAGGGCUUCAGUCCAGUGCCUCCACCCCUCCCUCGCCGACAACCAGUGAGAAACAUCUAUGCUGAACCCUUCGUAGACCCUAGAUUGGGUGGUGCGCCGAUGUCAAGCGGGAUGGUUGGUGGCACGCUGGGUAGUGGUCAUUGCCAACUAGCCAACCAACCACUGGUGAUGCCGGUAUUCCCCCCGCGAGCCAGUCAGCCUAGCCCCGUCCCUGUAUACUCCCCCUCGAGGUUUCACAUAGACAAACGAUGUCAACAUCGUUGCACGUGGAAAUGUCUCGCCAUCGCUAUGAUAUGCCUCUGUGUCAUCUUAGCGGCGAUGCUCGCGUAUUUUAUAGCGCUAUCGUCAAUUAAAAGUAAUAUAGACAAUUCAAAUUGCAUCCUGGUGCAAGAUGUAAAAGCAGUAACACAUGCACAAGGAAUUAGGGAUGCUUUAUCAACAUCAUCACCUUCAGAUGAAUCUAUAUCAACAUCAUCUUUAGGUGGUUGGUCCACAACAGUAGAAGCUGCAUUAGAGUCAAUAAUUAUACCUCAACAAGCACAACAAGCCGCUCCACCUCCAUGGUCACCAGCGUUAGAAGUUAGAGAAUUCGACGAAUUACACAGCGCAACUAUACCUGCCUACCAAUUUUGGAGUUCCGAAUUCCGCAACAAACAGCCCGCCUAUGUUAGCCUUAACUUCACAGUUCCAUGGGGAGCUAAUUUUGCCGUUUACGGUAGACGAAAUGUAGCCCCCAGUGUAACACAGUACGAUUUUGUAGAAUUCAUUAGAGGCGGUAGAGUUGACCAUAGACUAAGAAGAAGAAGAAGUCUAUUUGAAGAUAAUCCAUUCCAAAGUAGUUUAAAUGAAUGGGAUGCAUUAUUGAGCACGAUUAGUCCGCUGCAGAGAUGGAACCACACGAUAAGCAAAAGAUCAACAGAUAUGCGAGUUAAUGUCAGUAUAUUACAGUAUCUUGACACGGGCAGGUGGUUUAUAUCAGUAUACAACGACGAGCUACAGCCACAUAAUGUUGAAAUGAUCGUUUCCGAGGCCGAAGGUGUUACUAACUCUUGCCCUGACGACUGUUCGGGUCAUGGGUCUUGCUAUCUUGGCAAAUGCGAUUGUGUAGAUGGAUACGAAGGACACGAUUGCUCAAAAAGUGUGUGCCCAGUUCUUUGUUCAGGACACGGCGCGUAUGCAGGUGGCGUGUGUCACUGCUCUGAGGGGUGGAAAGGCCCGGAAUGUGAUGUGCCAGCACAUGAUUGCGAACCGGCCGACUGUUCCGGAAGAGGCCAAUGCAUUGCAGGACAUUGCCAUUGUAAAGCGGGCUGGAAAGGAUUAAAAUGCGAUGAAGAGGACUGUCUAGAUCCAACAUGCGGCGGCCACGGCUCAUGCGUACGGGGUAGAUGUGUAUGUCGUGCUGGAUGGCGUGGUGCUUCAUGUAGUGAACGCGAUGCAAGAGUCCAACGGUGUCUCCCAGCAUGUUCUCAAAGAGGAGUUUAUGAUCUAGAUGCUGGUAGAUGUGUUUGCGAUCCUCUUUAUACUGGCGAUGAUUGUUCUCAAGUGGUAUGUUCCUUGGACUGUGGCCCACAUGGCGUUUGUGCUGAAGGUGUAUGUCGAUGUGAUGAUGGCUGGACAGGUUCCUUGUGUGAUCAGCGACCGUGUGAUAUAAGAUGUCAUGAUCAUGGCCAAUGCAAGAACGGCACUUGCGUAUGCACGCAAGGAUGGAAUGGCAGACAUUGUACCUUGCCUGGUUGUCCCAACGGUUGUUCUCGUAACGGACAAUGUCUACUGGAAGACGGAGUGUACCGGUGUUCUUGCGCCGACGGCUGGGCUGGUACUGACUGCUCUAUCGCUCUCGAACUCUCCUGCAACGAUAACGAAGACAAUGAUGAAGAUGGCAUGACGGACUGCUCGGACUCGGAAUGCUGCAGUCGACCAGAGUGCGCCGAACACAUCAUGUGCCUAGCUUCCAACGAUCCCGUAGAAGUGCUCCUCAGGAAACAACCGCCAUCAGUCACCGCGUCUUUCUAUCAACGUGUCAAGUUUCUCAUAGAAGAAAACUCUGUCCAGAGCUACGCACACAUGGACGAAUAUUCGGAAAGCGAGUUCUGGAAUUCCUUUACACCAGGCCGCGUGUCCGUGAUGCGGGGUCAGGUGGUCUCGCCCCAGGGGCUCGGCAUCAUCGGCAUCAGGGUCUCCGUCGACAGAGAAGCACGAUUUGGAUUCACACUCACCAGACAGGGUGGAUGGUUUGACGUAUUGGUGAAUGGCGGAGGCGCAGUGACGUUGCAGUUCCAGAGAUCACCGUUCAAGCCUCUAAGAAAGACAGUUUUCGUGCCGUGGAAUCAAAUUGUAGUGUUGCCGCCAGUCCAGAUGGAACUUAGUGAUGAAAGCGUUAAAGUACCUACGCCUAGGGCACCACUUCGAAUCGGCUGGUUGCCAACCCCAACGCAAUGGUGGGAAGCGGAGACUCCACCGUGCGCUGCACAUGAUCACGAGCGUCUUCGACCAGAAGUGGUAGCAGUGCCGCCUUUGGCUUCACCCGCUGCGUCCUCGGCUACAACUACCACUGUUAUAUACCCUGAGGCUCAGAUCGUGAGCGAGUCCAUCGGCAUACCCGGCUCAUCUGUAAAGCUCACAUACCGUUCAUCUCAAUCUGCUGGCUACCUGUCAUGCGUACAUGUACAACUUACACGUCGAAUCAUACCAGCGUCACUGGUCAGAGUACAUGUCCGAGUUGAGAUUGAGGGCUCAUUGCAUACACAUAGUUACGAAGCUGACCCUGACUUAACUCAUAUCUUUGCCUGGAAUAAGAGGAACGUUUACAAACAGAAGGUGUAUGGCCAGGCACAAGCAAAAAUAUCAAUCGGUUACGAAUAUACGACGUGCGUUGCAACUGUAUGGGAGACUCAGACGGCGACGUUAGCUGGUUUUGAUGUCGACAUAUCAGAUAUCGGAGGUUGGGGACUGGAUAUACAUCACCAUUACAACUUCCAUGAAGGGAUAUUACAAAAGGGCGAUGGAGCUUUACUUCACUUAAAACAAUAUCCGAGAACUGUCCAGGUUGUCAUGGGUACCGGUCUUCAACGAGCUUUGGAAUGUCCCGAUCAUUGCAAUGGCAAAGCUGCAGAUGCCCGGCUAUUAACACCCACAGCUCUAACAUCCGGCCCAGACGGUUCAUUGUACGUUGGAGACUUCAAUCUUGUACGUCGUAUUACUCCCGAAGGCGUUGUCACCACUGUACUACAACUAGAAACAACACAAGUUGCAUAUCAAUAUUAUAUUUGUAUAUCACCAGCUGAUGGAUACUUAUACAUAUCAGAUUCAGAAAGACACCAAGUGCGUAGGGUGAUAGCAUUGGAUAAAGUGCGAGAUCCAUCAAGUAAUUCAGAACCUGUUGUUGGUAAUGGAGAUCGAUGUGUCCCUGGAGAUGAUUCCAAUUGUGGCGAUGAAGGUCCUGCCAUGAAAGCCAAGUUAGCUCAUCCCAAAGGUCUUGCCAUUGCGGCUGACAGAACAAUGUAUAUCGCUGAUGGAACUAACAUCCGUGCAGUCGAUCCAAAUGGCAUUAUACAUACACUGGUUGGUCAUCAUGGUCAUCACAAUCAUUGGUCUCCUGUUCCGUGCCGUGGAGCAAUACCACCCUACGAAGCUCAACUACAAUGGCCAACAGGAGUUGCUUUGUCCCCUCUAGAUGGAUCACUGUAUUUCAUAGAUGAUAGAAUAAUUCUAAAAUUAACUGUUGAUAUGAAAAUCAAAGUUGUAGCUGGUCAACCUUCACAUUGCCGUAUAGGAAGCGACGGAAAGCCUCUUGCUAAGACAACUAAUAGGACAACUACAGAUAUUAGAGAAGACUCCAACUUAGGCACAAUAUUAGCUAUUGCAUUUGCGCCAAGUGGAAUAUUGUAUGUUGCUGAAGCUGAUUCUAAGAAAACGAAUACAAUUAAGUCAAUAGAUCCCUCUGGUAAAAUUAUGCACUUUGCUGGAAAAAUCCUUGAAAAUCUGAAAGAAUUAAGCUGCGAAUGCAAUUCGUCAAUCUCAGCUACAAUAAUACCCACAAACGGGCGUGACGAAGGUGCUGGUUGCCCAUGUAGACUAAGUGUGGCAGCAGGUGAUGAACCGCCCACUAGCACAGAGACUCUACUGUCCUCUAAUGCGAAAUUCCAGACAAUAUCAGCUCUCGCUGUAACCCCAGAUGGAGUCCUUAAUGUUGUUGAUCAAGGAUCGCUUCACAUUUUAGCAUUGAAACAUUACUUACCAUCUCAUGAUGAAAAUGGAGAAUUUAGAAUACCAUACCCGCCUACUUCUGAAAUCUAUGUAUUUAAUCGUUAUGGUCAGCAUAUUACCACAAAAGAUUUAACGUCUGGUAAAACAAGAUAUUCAUUCUUAUAUUCUAAAAAUACAAGCUUUGGAAAACUAUCGACAGUUACAGACGCUUCUGGAAAUAAAAUACAAUUACUCAGAGAUUACAGCAAUAUCGUUAGCUCUAUCGAAAAUACACAAGACCACAAACUCGAAUUAAAAAUAUCUGGAAUCGGUUACCUUACUAAAAUAGCAGAGAAAGGUGCCAAGGAAAUGGAAUUUGAUUACGACGCCAACACAGGUUUACUCAACAGCCGGUCGGGGGCAGGAGAUGCUGUGAUUUAUAACUAUGACGAACUAGGAAGAGUAACUAAAAUAAUAAUGCCUUCUGGUGAACAAGUGCAUAUAACUUCUGGCCUUGCGAAGAAUUACGGUUUAGCUGUAACAGUAUCAAAUCCAGCCAGCACGAUUCCUGUUGGAGUAGCCAAGAAAUGCGAAUACGUUCUACAUGGGCAGUCCUUCAAGCAAAUUACUAUAAAUAACGGCAAGCAGAUUACCGAAGGACGCAUUUACUCCAACAACACGCUGCUUCUGGAUACACCUUGGGGAGGGAAAUUUGAAAGUAUUGCUGCUGCCAAACAUCCACUUUUAGAGGCAGCUUUACCUAUUGAAGCUGAAAUGCUUCACAUGUGGUCACACCAGACAACUACUUUUGGUGACGGUCUGGUGAAUAAUAUGUAUUCACUAUAUACAUUAGUUGGCGAUGUGAGAAAUCCGCAGCAAACUCUGAACAGGGAGAUAUGGGUAAAUGAUUCUAGAGUACUGAUCAUUGAAUUUGACCAGUUUAAGAGCCGCGAAACUUUCUUUAAUGCAGACAGAAACCCAUUAUUUACUAUUGCUUACGACGUAGCAGGACUGCCUCUUUCAUUUAAUCCUCAUGGUGCAGGAGCUCCUCUAAAUAUUUCAUAUGACAGAUUCAAUAGAAUCAAUGGCUGGAAAUGGGGUAAUACUGAGGAAAGUUAUAACUAUGACCCCCGUGGAAUGUUAUCAGAAAUAACAAGCCCUCAAGAUGGCACUAAGUUUAUUUAUUACAAUGAAGGAAAUCUUGUCUCCACAAUUACUCUAGCCAGUCAAAAGAGCUUUAAGUAUAAGUACGAUGACGAUGGUGGCUUAACUCACGUAAUUCUGCCCUCGGGAUCAAAUCAUUCUUUUAGUGUCCAACCAUCCAUAGGCUUCUUGAGGGUCACAUACACACCACCUGGUUCCUCAAAGAAAUAUUUACAACAUUAUUCACAUACUGGUGAGCUUCUACAAACUGUAUUCCCUGGUGAUGGAGCUCGUGUAGUUUACCGUUACUUUACUACUAAUAAAGUUUCUGAAGUUGUUCAUGGUGAUGGUCAGACGCAGAUACACUAUGCAGAAAAUAGUGGACUUCCGUCAGAAAUAUUACACGUCGACCGAGACGUUGACUAUCGCUGGGAGUCUACAUAUGUUGGUGGUCUCCUCACCGAAGAACGACUUGAUUAUGGCGCUAAAACUGGUCUAAGUAACGCAAAGAUAAUAUAUGAAUAUGAUAACAAUUACAGAAUAACUUCCGUCCAGGGACGGAUUGGGGGACAAACUCUUAUAACACAUCAUAUAAUGUAUAAUAGUAAAACAGGUGCGCCAGAAAUUUUGGGACAAUUCACUGUAUCUAAACAAAAGUGGAAUGAGACGUCCGUAUAUGACGGCAUUGCCAUGUUUUCGCGUGUACUUAACGAUCAGUUCUUAGAAAAAGAAGUUACAGUCAAUAUUCAUAGAAUGGAAGUGUUUAGAAUGGAAUUCUCAUAUGACAAACAUGGAAGAAUAUUACAAACACGUACACAUACAAGGAAUGUCGGAGUUAACACUUACACGAAUUUAAAGAACUAUACCUGGGACUGCGAUGGACAGCUAACAGGACUUGAAGCGCAAGAGCCUUGGGGCUUUAGAUAUGAUGAUAAUGGCAACAUGUUAUCAUUAACCUACAGAGGAAACACCAUUCCCAUGGAAUAUAAUGAUAUGGAUCGCAUUGUAAAAUUUGGUGAAGGUCAAUACCGAUAUGAUAGUCGUGGUCUCGUAUCCCAAAAUGCCAGAGAAGAAAGAUUCCAAUACAAUUCGAAAGGUCUUCUAAUUAGAGCAACAAAACGAGGAAGAUUUGAUGUUCGUUACUAUUAUGACCAUCUUGACAGGCUUUCCACUAGAAAAGAUAACUUCGGUAAUGUAACUCAAUUCUUUUAUACUAAUAAAGAGAAGCCUCACGAAGUAAGUCAUAUAUAUUCACCACGUGAGAAUAGGUUCAUGACGUUAGUUUAUGACGACAGAGGACACUUGAUCUACACACAGGUGGCUCGACAUAAAUAUUAUAUUGCUACAGACCAGUGCGGAACACCAGUAAUGAUCUUUAAUCAAUAUGGCGAAGGCAUCAGGGAAAUAAUGAGGUCACCGUACGGACACAUAGUAUACGAUUCAAACCCAUACUUAUAUUUACCUGUCGAUUUCUGCGGUGGACUGCUGGAUCAAGUGACUUCAUUAGUCCACAUGGCGAAUGGAAAAGUUUAUGACCCACUGAUUGGGCAAUGGAUGUCUCCAUUGUGGGAGAAUCUCAUUGAGAGAAUUCACAAUCCAACUCAGUUGCAUUUAUACCGGUUUAAUGGAAACGACCCUAUCAACGUGAGACCUCAGAACAAAAAGCCAACAGAUCACCUGUCAUGGUUGAAGUUGCUGGGCUAUGAAACAAAGAGCCUGGCUCCACAGCUUUACCCUGAUGAAUUGCCUGGAGGCUCAGUGUUGCCGAGCAUUCCACGUGGCCGACCUGUAUGGGGGACUGCUCCUGCAGGUAGCAGCCCCGGUAUACCCUCAGCUAUGUCACUACUUCCGACGGUGACCAUCGAAUCAGGGUUCUUAUCACACAUGUCUAACAAAAGGAUAGCUGACUUCAGAAGCCUUUCCAUACCAGCCAUGUCAGCUCUUAAAACUGACGCCCUAAAUUUGGCUCCGAAACGUAUCGGCUCGGACUCUGAGCCGCCAUUCGGACGUGGUAUCCUUGUUUCAAGGAAUUCUCGUGGUCGAGCGGUCGUCACCACAGUACCAUCCGCGAAUGCUAUCUACCGAGAUGUAUACACUUCAGUAUUCAACCGAUCUCAUCUUCUACCUUUCUCGUUCAUCGUGCACGGUGAUCAGCAGGAUGUUUUCUAUUUUGUGAAAGAAGAGACCUGGCGAGCUGCUGAUGAUAAACAGCAGCUAAAACGUAUGCAAGGCAAAUUGAACGUAACUUUCCACGAGAUUGCUGAAGGCGGCCGAUCAUACGCAGAUGUAAAAAUUCAUGGAAAGACAAGUAUAGUGAACUUGCGGUACGGCACAAGCGCGGAACGGGAGCGCCAACGGCUACUGCACCACGCGCGAGCCUCGGCCGGGCGCAAAGCGUGGCAUCGCGAGCGUGAAGCGCUCCGCAGCGGGCUGGGUGGCUCGCUAGACUGGUCGGCGGCUGAAUUAGACGAAAUUCAGAAGGCUGGACAAGUUGCCGGCUACGAAGGCGAAUACGUGCACGAUGUGGCGCGUUAUCCCGAGCUUGCGGAGGACCCGUACAAUAUCCGUUUCGUGAAGAAGCGGUCGGACCGCGCUGAGCGGCGCCGACGAAAGCGCGAGGAUUGCCAGGCGCCUUGGUGGCUCGCCUGGGACGAUAUCUGCUAG